AUGGAUCAUGUUAGGGUUUUGUGCUCUGUUUCUCUUCUCUUUGCGUUGGUCUCUGUUGCGCUCUGCGGGGACGAAGACGUGCUGAUCCGGCAAGUGGUCGAUGAAACGGAGGAGCCGAAGGUAUUGUCAUCGGAGGAUCAUUUUGCUCUCUUCAAGAAGAAAUUUGGUAAGGUGUCUGGUUCACACGAGGAGCAUCAUUACAGAUUCUCUGUUUUCAAAGCUAAUUUAAGGCGAGCGAUGGGUCAGCAGAAGAUGGAUCCUGACGCUCGUCACGGCGUUACGCAGUUUUCGGAUCUGACUAGUUUUGAGGGAUCUUGUGGAUCUUGCUGGAGUUUUAGCACUACAGAUGCCCUUGAAGGUGCUCAUUUCCUCGCGACUGGCAAACUCGUUAGUCUCAGUGAACAACAGCUCGUAGACUGUGGUCACGAGUGUGAUCCAGAAGUGGCAGGUUCAUGUGGCUCUGGUUGUAACGGUGGGUUAAUGAACAGUACCUUUGAGUACACGUUCAAAAUCGGAGGGCUUAUGCGAGAGUAAGACUAUCCCUACACUAGCACUGAUGGAGGGAGAUGUCAAUUAGACAGGUCUAAGAUCGUUGCCUCUGUCUCAAACUUCAGUGUUGUCUCUAUCAACGAAGAUCAAAUAGCUGCAAACCUUGUCAAAAACGGUCCUCUAGCUGUGGCGAUCAACGCAGCUUACAUGCAAACCUACAUUGGAGGAGUGUCCUGCCCUUACAUAUGCUCGAAGUGGCUCAACCACGGUGUGCUGCUGGUGGGAUACGGCUCGGCUGGGUUCUCUCAGGCAAGGUUGAAAGGAAAACCGUAUUGGAUCAUCAAGAACUCGUGGGGUGAGAAUGGUUUCUAUAAGAUAUGUAAAGGUCGUAACAUUUGCGGUGUUGAUAGUUUGGUCUCCACCGUCACUGCUGCCACUUGAUGAAGCUUUCUCGUUAUUAUGA